AUGACUUGGCAAGCACCAGAAAUCGGCUCCCGUCCAGUCGCUGUACUGGGCGGCGGCGUCCUCGGCCGACGCAUCGCCACCUCGUACGUCGCCGGCGGCUACAACGUGACGGUGCGGGAUCCAUCACCCGUGGCACGAUCCGACGCACUGCAAUUCAUCGAGGAGAACAAGGCAGCGUUUGCCGAGCUCUGCAGCCCCCCGGUACCGGGACAGUACGGCACGUACGCGGCGUACGAGGACAUUGAGACGGCGGUGCGGGAUGCUUGGCUUGUCAUCGAGGCCGUGCCCGAGAAACUCGAGCUCAAGAUUGAUACCAUGGAGAUUUUGGACCGCGCCGCGCCCCGCGACUGCAUUAUUGGCUCCAACAGCUCGUCGUACCGCAGCAGUCUCAUGCUUGACAAGGUCUCUUCCGAGCGCAGGCGGCUCAUCUGCAAUGUACACUACACCAUGCCCAUGGACAUUCGCACCGUCGAGCUCAUGACCGACGGAGAGACGGAGGAGGCCAUCUUCCCCUUCCUCACCCAGGUGCUAGAGAGAACGGGAAUGUUGCCCGCUACUGCCAAGAAGGAGUCGACCGGUUUCAUCUUCAACCGCCUCUGGGCAGCAGUCAAGCGCGAGUCCCUUAUGAUCAUGGCCGAGGGCGUGAGCGACGCCGACCAGAUCGACAAGCUGUGGAAGCACAUGUUCCAGGCUAAGGUGGCGCCCUGCGCCUUUAUGGACCAGGUCGGCCUCGACACGGUCGCCUUUAUCGAGGACAACUACAUCAAGGAGCGCGGAUUGGACGGCAAGCUGACUGUUGACUGGCUGCGCGAGAACUACAUUUCGCAGGGCCGAUUGGGCAAGAAGAGCGACAAGGGCGGUCUGACUGUUGCGCCCAAGUCCUCGUAG